GUAGCCGCGCCCUGUGCGCCUGCGCGGAGGCGUCGGCUGCUGACGUGUAGCUGGGGCCAGGCGGGACUAGCCGGGCGCGCGGCUGAGUGCUGCAGAAUCGCUGGGGUGGCAGAGCCGCCAGCGAGGCUGGGGAUGGGGGCGCCGCUGCUCUCUCCCGGCCGGGGAGCCGGGGCUGCCGGCCGGCGCUGGUGGAUGCUGCUGGCGCCCCUGCUGCCGGCGCUGCUGCUGGUGCGGCCCGCGGGGGCCCUGGUGGAGGGGCUCUACUGCGGCACGCGGGACUGCUACGAGGUGCUGGGCGUGAGCCGCUCGGCGGGCAAGGCGGAGAUCGCGCGGGCCUACCGCCAGCUGGCCCGGCGCUACCACCCCGACCGCUACCGGCCCCAGCCCGGCGACGAGGGCCCCGGGCGGACGCCGCAGAGCGCCGAGGAGGCUUUCCUGCUGGUGGCAACCGCCUACGAGACACUCAAGGAUGAAGAAACACGAAAAGAUUAUGAUUACAUGCUGGAUCAUCCAGAAGAGUACUACAGCCAUUACUACCACUACUAUAGCAGGCGCUUGGCCCCUAAGGUGGAUGUUAGAGUCGUGAUUUUGGUCAGCGUGUGUGCUAUUUCGGUGUUUCAGUUUUUCAGCUGGUGGAAUAGCUACAAUAAGGCAAUCAGCUACCUAGCCACAGUGCCCAAGUACCGUAUCCAAGCUACAGAGAUUGCCAAGCAGCAGGGACUGCUCAAAAAAGCCAAAGAAAAAGGCAAAAACAAAAAGUCCAAAGAAGAAAUUCGUGACGAGGAGGAGAACAUCAUAAAGAACAUUAUAAAAAGUAAAAUAGAUAUAAAGGGGGGCUAUCAGAAACCCCAAAUCUGUGAUCUUCUCCUGUUUCAAAUUAUCUUAGCUCCUUUUCACCUAUGCUCAUAUAUAGUUUGGUAUUGUCGGUGGAUCUAUAAUUUUAACAUCAAAGGCAAAGAAUAUGGAGAGGAAGAGAGAUUAUACAUUAUACGUAAAUCUAUGAAGAUGUCAAAGUCUCAAUUUGAUAGUCUAGAAGAUCAUCAGAGAGAAACUUUUCUUAAACGAGAGCUCUGGAUCAAGGAGAAUUAUGAGGUCUACAAGCAAGAACAAGAGGAAGAAUUAAAGAAAAAGUUGGCAAAUGACCCCAGAUGGAAGAGAUACAGGAGAUGGAUGAAGAAUGAAGGGCCUGGGCGGUUAACAUUUGUGGAUGACUGAAGAUUGAUGGAAUGCUACUAUGCCAAACCUUAAUUGUGAUAUUAUUUUCAUAACUGAAUUAUUUUAGAAAUGUAUCAAUUGACUGCUGCUCAGCAGUAACUAAAAUUCCUCAAGUAUUUGAUUAAACAGAAUAAUGUCGAAAUUUAAACCUUCCCUUAAAACUUUAUACAUAAGACAUUUAUGAUUGUUCAAUUUUUAUAAUCUAUUUGUGGAUUUUGUUAAAAGAUUUCACAUGAAGAUUUAUUAGUUGCCAUUUAAAAUUUUUAUAUGUUUAGUUAAAAGAUUUGACAUGAAAAUUUAUUAGAUACCAUUUAAAAAUUUUAUGUGUUAUGUGUUUAUUCUUUGAGAAUGUUUCCUUACUGUUUGUAAUAGUGCUACAUUUUUCUGCUUUCAUGGUCUCUGUAUUUUCACAAAACACCAAAAACAGCAUUUAAUUAUAUUAUCAUGAGUGUGUUUCUGGACACAAACUUCUGCAGUAGAAUGACCUAACAUGUCGUUUUCAUUACAGUCAUUACAGGAUUGAAAUACGUUCAAAAUAACCUCUCUGGGAAAGUCUUCUGCUAGAAUUUCCCCCCUCUAUUCAUUAUAAUAUUCUUUGUUUUUAAAGCCAGUCAAAUAUAAUAGUCUUAAUAAGAUCAGAAACUCUCCAGGAGAGUGAGUGUACCCUCACGUCCUUGUAGGAUGAUCUUGAUUAUAGUCUUAUUAUAGGACUAUAACUGUAUUCUCAACAUUUCUCCAGAAAGGACCUUGUAAAAAGGUCUUUUGUACCACAGUAUUGGUUUUUUCCCCUCUCUCUUCACUUAAAAAAAAUAGCAAGGCAGAAAUAGUGUAUUGAAAAGUUGUUCAUCUAUUAUGAAGUCCUUGAGUGGUGAAAAAUCCAUUGUACAUGAGAACAUUUCUAUGCAUUUAAACCAGAAACGAGGUACAUGGCUGUGUGCUCUUCUGUCAACCAAUGAAAUGUAAGUGUUUUCACAUGUGUGGCAGUGCAAGUAAAUAACACAUUAUUUGACUGAUUCAGGCAUGAUACUGCACCAAAGUGUCGGUACAUAUUCACGGUAGUAAAUCAGUACCCCUGUUAAAGGAUUUAUCCCAUUGCUUCAUAUUAAUAAAAUGGUUACAAUAUA